AUGCCCUCUGAGUCCUCCGACGCGUCCCGAGCGCCUCGCGAAGGCGAAGCUAUCCCAGCGGCGGGGACAUCAUCUUCCGUGAGUUUUCAACGGCGUAGACUUGCGCGACGCGAGCGAUGGAAGCGCUACGGCGUCGUCGGGUUGAUCACGGCCACUUCUCUGUUCCUGUACGCCGAUCAAAACCUCAUCGGGCCGAACAUGAGCGCCAUAGCGGAGGAGUUCGGGAUGGAUGAAAAAGAGAAGGAUGUCAAGCUGGGCGGGUUGCUCCAGCUGGCGUUUUUCGUCGUCGGCUCGCCGGCGUCGCUGAUCAUCGGGUACUACGCCGAUCGAGUGCGUCGAGUGCGUUUGUUCUUUUGGACGACACUGAUCGGUGAAGGGCCGUGCAUGGCGACGUAUUGGGUGACGAGUUAUUGGCAGUUGUUUGCGCUUCGCGCGAUGACGGGCAUCGCGGUGGGCGGAUGCUUACCGCUGUUGUUCUCGUUGUGCGGAGAUUUGUUUGCGAGUCAUGAGCGGAGUUACGUGGCGAGUUUUUUGACGAUCGCGACGGGAGCGGGAGUGGCGCUCGGACAAGUGGUGGCGGGUACGGUAGGGCCGGCGUACGGGUGGCGACUACCGUUCAUCCUCACAUCCGCGCCCGCGGUCGUGCUCGCAACGGUGAUGGUUCUCGUCGUCGACGAGCCCAAGCGUGGCGCUCAGGAGGAAGAACUCGAAAGCGGCGACGAAGCGGGAGAUGUUUCGUAUAAAGCCAAGAUGAAUUGGAGCAAGGUCAAGAAGCAAUUGCUUGUGAAGACCAACAUCCUCGUGCUUGCGCAAGGCUUGCCGGGCACGGUGCCGUGGGGGGUGUUCAAUUCGUACUUUGUCGACUUUUUACAUAAGCAAAAGGGUAUGACGGUGCAAAACGCCACGGCGGCCAUCACCGUCUUCGGCUUGGGCUCCGCCUUCGGCACCAUUGGGGGAGGAUUCAUCGGUCAGAGGAUGUACAAUAAGAAGAAGAGCGAACUUCCGAUUUUAAUGGGACUGACGACCGCUAUUGGAGCACUUCCAGCGUAUUACUAUCUCAACGUCAACGACUACGGUCCGGGGAGGGUCGGUUUGUACCUGUCGUGCCUCGUCGGCGGCGUUUUCUGCUCGGUGACACCGCCCAAUGUGCGCGCAAUUUUGUUGAAUGUCAACCCGCCGGAAACUCGUGGAAGUAUGUUUGCAUUUUACUCACAAAUUGACGACGUCGGUAAAGGCGGUGGACCCGCGCUGGUCGCCUUGCUCAUCGUGAGCAUGGGCAGACGAGUGGCGUUCAACGUGGCGUUUACCUUUUGGUUUGUGUGUGGCGUUAUUUUGGCCUGCAUUACAUUUACCAUCGAUCACGACGUAGAGAUGGAACGAAGGGCCGUGCUCGAGGCUUUACAGACGGACGAAAACGAGGUGGCACCGAUAGAGAACGACGGGGAUUUGAACGCGGACAGAGGGUAG